UUUGUACAUUCAGCAUUGUGCUUUGUAGGUACUAUAGAUAGUAACAAAAGUUGCGUAUUUAAUUAAUUUCAUUGAAAUUACAUCACUAAUAGUUUAUUUACGCUAGAACGUAAUAUAUACCUUUUUAACAAUCACAAUACAAUGCAAAAUAUGAGAUGCUUAUUGUUAUAAAUAGUCAUGAUGACCGAAUGUAAAGUCCCUGUAUUUGUUAGUCCCCAAUCGUUAACUUUCAGUUUGGAGGACAAGUCAUCCCACAGACAAAUAAUUACACUAUUUAAUCCAUACGACUUUCCUGUCAGAUUUAAAGUUUUUUGUACUUGCACUAAAAAGUAUACCGUAGUGGAACCAGAAGGUUCAAUAAGUGCCAGUUCUCGAGUGGAUAUAGUUGUCAGGCACAAUGCUCCUGCGCCAGCAUUCUGCGAUAUCAGAGAUAAAUUCCGAAUACAAAUGCAAUAUUAUACUACCAAAAAAGUCAUUGGACACAAAGAUGUUGAAACAAUAUUAGUAAGGUCUUCCGACAAUUUUGAGUUACCACCUGAAAAUUUUAAGCAAUUACUCAGAAGCGAUAUAUCUACUGAUAACUUUGAUAAUGAAUCUGAAAUAAGACAAAACUGCAAUACAAAUACUCCUGGACCAAAUUUUACAACUCUAUUAAUGGCUGGUGUAUGUAUUUGUGGAUUACUCUUACCGUCAUCUGAAGAUUCAGACAUUCUGAAAUUUCGUAUUUCUUUCAAUUUAAAAUUAGCGUUAGCUUUUGUUUUGGGUAUGACCACGAUAACAAUAUUACAACAUCAAUAAUGCACAGGGAUAUGAUUACUUAAGAAUCCGCUUGUUAACAAUUGUUUGAAACUAUUUUGUACUCAAUAUGUAUGUUUCCAUUAUUAGUUAUUAUACAUUAAUCUAAGCUAUUUAAUAGAUUAAUCUACUAUGUUCUUGCUAUACAUUUAAACUUCUUGAAAUA